AUUAUCUUUUGUGUAAAAACCAAAAGAUCGUUCCAAUUGCAUUUUUAAUGUUCAUUAUUCCGUAAGUUAAACUGAAGUCUUAGGCUCUUCUCAUUGUCAGUGACUUAUUGAAUUCGCGUCUUUUAUUUAAGAGUUAGAUAGUUGAAAAACUUACUUUUUGAAAUUUUAUUUGCGUUGUUAUCUAACGUCUAAUAUAUCCCAUAAAAAUUUUAAUUUUUGUACUUUUGUUCUUUUUUCUACCUGCUUUAAGUUACAAAUAUUUCAUCAUGUUUGAAGCGAGACUUUUAAUGAGUGGUCAUUUUAAAAAAAUCUUGGAAGCAAUUAAGGAGCUACUUAAAGAAGCUACGUUUGACUGCUCAGAUUCAGGCAUUCAAUUACAAGCCAUGGAUGAUGCUCACGUGAGCUUAGUUUCCAUGUGCCUAAAAAGUUCUGGCUUUGAUAAAUUUCGUUGUGAUCGUAACCUUUCUAUGGGCAUCAAUUUGGAAAGUUUGGUUAAAAUAAUGAAAUGUUCAUCCAAUAAUGAUAUCAUGACAAUAAAAGCUCAAGAUAAUGCUGAUACUUUAACUAUUAUGUUUGAAACUGAAAAUCAAGAAAAAAUGUCUGAUUAUGAAAUGAAACUUAUGAACUUAGACCAAGAACAUCUUGGUAUUCCUGAAACAAACUAUUCAUGUAUCAUUAAAAUGCCUUCUGCUGAGUUUGCCAGAAUAUGUAGAGAUUUAAGUCAGUUUGGCGAAUCUGUAGUCAUUUGUUGCACUAAAGAAGGAGUCAAGUUUUCUACUUCGGGUGACAUUGGAUCAGCUAAUAUUAAAUUAUCACAAACUGCAUCAUUUGAUAAAGAAGAAGAAGCUGUUACUAUUGAAAUGACGCAAGCUGUAUCACUGACAUUUGCAUGUCGCUACCUUAAUCUAUUUUGUAAAGCAGCUCCAUUGUCACCUCAGGUUAUUUUGUCAAUGUCUGGAGAUGUGCCAUUAGUAGUUGAAUAUCAAAUCGCUGAAUUAGGACAAAUUCGGUAUUAUUUAGCUCCUAAAAUUGAGGAAGAUGAUUAAUUAAUUAAUUUUUUUAAUAACAAGAUACAGGCUUAAUUCUAUAAGUAACUUUUAUUUUUAUACGUAAAAUAUUUCUUUUAAAAAAUUUUUUUAUACUAAUAUUUACAUGAAGAGUAAAAAAUAAAAACUACAUAGGUACAUUUUGUAUAAUCACAAAUAUACGAAGUUACUGAGCAUCCAUUUUAA